CAAAGCUCCAGACUAACAGCUAAGUGAGCCAACCACAUAAGAUAUAAGAUACACAUCCACAAGUUGCUCAAUCCCUCGUCACGGCAUUUACCUGGAUCCUGCGCCUGUCCGCCCCGGAAAUUCGUCCGGCGAAACCAUUAACCCGUCAACAUGUCGACCACCACAGCAACCUCUCUGCAAAGCUCUUACCCACCUAUCAUUCCUAAAGACUUUUCCGCGAAGCAGCCCAAAACUAUCCGUCUAUACCCCCUCUCCAACUACACAUUCGGCACCAAGGAAACGCAACCGGAAGAGGAUCCCUCCGUCCUAGCCCGACUAAAGCGUCUCGAGGAGCAUUACGACGAGCAUGGAAUGAGACGGACAUGCGAGGGUAUCCUCGUCUGCCACGAACACAACCACCCGCACGUUUUGAUGCUCCAAAUCGCCAAUGCCUUCUUCAAGCUCCCCGGAGAUUACCUCCAUUUCGACGAUGACGAAAUCGAGGGCUUCAAGAAACGCCUGAACGAACGGCUCGCGCCUGUCGGAUCCCAAUUUUCGGGCGAGGGGGUGAACGAGGACUGGGAGAUUGGAGAUACCCUUGCGCAGUGGUGGCGGCCGAACUUUGAGACUUUCAUGUACCCUUUCCUACCGGGCCAUGUUACCCGACCUAAGGAGUGCAAGAAACUGUACUUUAUUCAGCUUCCUAAGAAGAAGGUCCUCUCCGUCCCUAAGAACAUGAAGCUCCUCGCCGUUCCGCUGUUCGAAUUGUACGACAAUACCGCUCGCUACGGUCCCCAGCUCUCUGCCAUCCCACACUUGCUUUCGCGGUAUAACUUUGAGUUUGUCGAUGAGAAUGACAAUGUUGUCGCUGCUACCCCGGGGGCCCCUUUACCGGAUGGCCAGAUGCCUCGCACCAAGAUUCUUGCUGGCAGCGGCGCUGAAGAACAGGACCAGGGUAUGGCUGAUUAUGGUGCAGAGGGCACAGAGAACGGUGGGGAAGGCGCGCAGUGAACAGAGCAAAACAGCUUUCUACGCUCUACUCCGACUGGUCUCACUCAAGCUCCAGUUAUGGCAAAUACUAGGCGGAUUGGCCUCGCUAUGGGUAGAGAGUACGGUAACUUUCGGCACGCACAAUUUUUCUGAUUUUACUUUUGGCUUUUACUUCUCUUCAACACACUGUAUGUGUUCUGAUGAUCGGCGUUUCAAGGAGCGAUGUAAUAUUUGUUGCAUGCUGUUUUUUUUUUUUU